CACUUUUUGGAGUGCGACUCCCCGUUGUCAGAAAAAAAAGUUCCUUAUCGAAGACUCGGUUGCCCACAUUUUGAGGUGCUGCUUCUCGUUGUAGCCAACUCCAAGGCAACCAAAUUUUCCUCUACCCGAGCCUCCCUCUUUCCGCCGUUGAAGAGAACAGAGAGAUCCCCGCAAAAUGGUGCCUGCAGCUGGCCGCGGAGCCACCAAGGGUGGACCAAUUCCCAAGAAGAGUUUGUUCGAUAAUGAGGGCUCGAGCAGUGAAGAUGAUCAGGAAGAAGGCGGUGCUGCCCUCGGGCCGUCCAAGUUGAAGAUCAACGAGGAAUAUGCUCGAAGAUUUGAGCAUAACAAGAAGCGAGAAGAUCUCCAUAGACUUGAAGAAAAGUACAAGUCCAAUGGUGGUGCCUCGGGUUCAGAGGACGAGUCCUCGUCGGACGAGACAGAAGACGACGAAGGAUUCUUGGUCACCGAGGACCUCGAUGCUGAGAUCUCGGCCACGCUCCAGGCUAUAAAGAACAAAGACCCCCGGAUAUACGACAAGUCGGCGGUUUUCUACAAGCCGUUUGACCCGGCGACUGGCGAGGGAACCAAUGCUCAGAAGGAGAAGCCGGUUUUCCUUCGAGACUACCAUCGCGAAAGGUAUUUGCGAGGCGAUAUUGGUGCGGACGGCCAGGAAGAAGACGAUGCAAACAACCCGACGACCUAUACCCAAGAGCAAGAAGAAAUAAAGCAGACCAUUCUCUCAGAGAUUAACGCCGCCGCUGCUGCAGAUGAAGAAUGGAGUGGCGACGAGGCAUUCAUGAAGCCAAAGGAACAAGCACGCCCAACAAGGGAUGGCGUGCAUCCCUCAAGGGCUGCCGCCCUCGAGCUUACGGAGCAGGAUGUUGUAACCGCAGACAAGGACCCUGAGACCUAUUUGUCCAAAUUCAUGGCGUCCAAGGCCUGGGCUUCGGAAGGAGGGUCAAGGUGGGAAGCGUUUGAGUCGGACGAGGGCGAGGAUGACAACAACGAUAUUGCCGAGCAGUUCGAACAGGCCUACAACUUGAGAUUCGAGGAUCCAGAGAAGAGCAACGAGGUCCUGAAAUCCUACUCCCGAGACGUCGUUGCGGCGCGGUCAGUGAGAAAGGAAGAGCUUACAGGCAGAAAAAAGCAACGAUUGGUUGAGAAGGAAAGGAAAGAGGCGGAGAAGCGAGAGCGCGAAGAGGACCGGCGCCGUCUCCGGCGCCUCAAGCUCGAAGAGGCCCAGGAGAAGCUGCAGAAGAUCAAGCAAGCUGCGGGUGUGAGCGGCAAGGUUCUGGAGGACAAGGACUGGGUGAAGUUCCUCAACGACGCCUGGGAGGAUGACAGAUGGGAGGAGGAGAUGAAGCGUCGAUUCGGUGAAGAAUACUACGCCCAAGCAGACGAGUUGUCCGGGUCCGAUGAUGAAGACGUGUUGUCGAAGAAAACCAAACCGAAGAAACCCAAGUGGGAUGACGACAUCGAUGUCAAGGACAUCAUUCCCGACUUUGAUGACGAAGUAAAGCCCGUCGUCACUCUGACGGACUCUGAAGCUGCGCCCGAGGAAGGCGCCGAGGACGAGUCCGACUCCGAGUCCGAGUCCGAGCGGCCAGCCAAGAAGCGCAAGACCACCAAGGAAGCCAAAAAGGACCGCGCCGCCGCAAAGCGCGAGGCCCGGCAGGAGCUAGCCCGUCUCGAGGCCCUCGUCGACGCGAAGAUGGAGCUAGAUAACCCGCGCGCCCUCUCCUCGUCGUCCAAGGGCGGCGGCGGCGACGCCGUCCCGGCCUUCCGCUACCGCGAGACGUCGCCCGUCACGUUCGGCAUGACGGCGCGCGACAUCCUACUGGCACCCGACUCUGCCCUCAACGAAUACGCGGGCCUCAAGAAGCUGGCCACCUUCCGCGACGUCGAGAAGAAGCGCAAGGACCGUAAGCGGCUCGGCAAGAAGGCCCGCCUGCGCCAGUGGCGGAGGGAGGUGUUCGGCAGGGAGUUCGAGCGGACAGGUCCGACCUUUGGGUUCGCCGAGGGAGACGAUCAGGACGGCGGCACGGAGGCGCCUCAGCCGAGGGCCGGUGGUGCUCCUAAGGAAGAAGAGCAGGGGGCGAAUGUGGUUGCGGGGGGACGGAAGAAGAAGCGUAAGAGGUCUAAGGGUAAGAAGGUUGGCAAGGCUUAGAAUGGGGUGGCGCGACUGUUCAUAUCUAAGGUAGCUUGAGUCUGUACUACCUACCUAUGAGUACUAUUGAGGCUUUGGAAGAUACUAUUCCCGCACAACAAAUAGAUGGUGAUCGGCAGAUGCGUAAUCAGAACUAUAUCUAUCCAAACAUUGGACGCCGAUCUGUCCCGACUAUAUACCACACGCAGUGAGCGUACAACGCAGGACCAGCCGAUGAUAAAUACAAACAAUCUAGCCCACCCUUGCCUCCUCCUCUGGAGAGUCCCCAUCCCAAGUUGACUCCCUCCCCACGUUGCUACCAGAUUACCCCCUUACCUCCCCCCAAAAAAUUGAACUCCAAGGCGCGCAAGCUCAAGUACUCCUUUGAACUUGGUAUGCGUCACCCAUAACGUAUAAAGUAGGGGGAACCGCACCUCCUCGACCC